GGAGAUACGAAAAUUACCUGUACAAGGUGCUACCGAUACAGGACUUUUAACAUAAAAGAUAAAAUAUAUAAUUCGAAAUAAUCGUCGGGUUUCAGAACUGAACUCUUCAGGGAGGAAAACGAUCAUGGCAUGCCUGACUCACAGUGGAAGAAUCUUUGGUCUAACAUUCAUCCUGCAUAGAUAUCCACCAGUAUGCAGAAACAUACGGAAUAUGAAUAGACAGAGUAUUCAAAUGCAUGCUUCAACUUUAUCAUGGCAUAAUGACAGACCAUUGGCAAUGCCAAGUAUUCACUCCCCACCACAACCCGCCAUGACUUGUAUAGCUAGCAUUUCUACAUCACAGACUUUAAGUAGACAAGUUUCUAAAACAGACUAUCUGAAAAGAAUGAAAGCAGUAAACUGGACAAAAAAGUUAGCUGAAGAUGCUUUCAUAGACCCAGUGAAAGAACUCCAGUCUUAUGUUGCCACUCCUAUACUGUCUGAUAAUGAGAAGCUGUUCACCCCUUCUGAUGAGGCAGUGAAGGAAGGGGAGGGGGUAUUUCAGUCUGUGAAGCUUAUUAAGAGUGUGGCAAGUCUGGAUAAGUUACCUGAUGAAAAUGUGCCAGAGGUUGCAGUAAUUGGCAAGAGUAAUGUCGGAAAAUCCUCCCUUCUUCAGGCGCUAUUUUCUAGCACCCCAAACAUUGUCAAGACAGGAAAGAAACCAGGACAAACUCAGACGCUGAACUUCUUUGAUGUUGAUGGGAAAUUCCGCCUAGUGGAUGUUCCAGGGUUUGGGUACAAUAUGCCUGCCAAUUACCAUGAGCUGGUGGAAGGAUAUCUGACCAGCAGGAAGAAUCUUUGCCGGACAUUGUGCCUGAAGAGUGGCUCAACUAGAUAUCCCGUGGACAAGCUUGGGAAGGAUAUGAUUAGUGAGAUGGGAAUACCCUAUGUGAUCGUAUUGACGAAGAUAGACAGGUUUUCACCACAUCUGCUACUGAAAACUUUCUUGGAAACUAAGCAAACAUACAUUCAGACAGGAGGAAAUUGCUUCCCACAACUCUUUGUAGUAAGUUCCUUGACUGGUGCAGGUAUCCCGUUUCUGCAGACAUUUAUUGCCCAUAUCACUGGAAAUUUGAAAAGCCCCAUGUUUACUGUACAGGAGAAGGAACUGGCAAAAGAAUCGCCAAGCAUAUUUGCUGUAUAUUGAGGCAGAAACAAAGAGCAUGCUGAAGGAAAACAUCAAAGAGUCCAUAUUUAAGAAAAUGCUGAAAGUUAUCAGAACAUGCUUUUAUGUCUCACAGGGCUAAUUUAUUGUAUUAGCAAAAUUCAUUUUUAUUUUUUGAUUGGAAUCACUGAUAUGCUGCUCCAGUGACUGGUUUUGAGUAACUUUCUCUGCUCUGGGACGAACACGCUAAAUAAAUAUUCCUUUUUUAUGAACUUUUAUAACUUUCUUUACUAUAGAAUUGAUAUCCAUCAAAUUGGUAACUUUUUUCAGAAUAAUGUUUGUGACAUAUUUUGUUUCCAUUCUUAAUGAAAAUAUGAAUUAUUGAUAUGAUUGUUUGGGCGUGUUGUCAUGUUGAAUUUUACAAACAAGGAAUCUGUAUAUUAAAGGGAACAUAACUGCCAUUGUCCA